AUGAGCGGAAUGAGGGUUUCUGGGUAUUAUGUCGAUUCAUCAGAAGAUAAUCAAGAUAUUCUUGGCAACAAACUUUACACAUACCAAGACUAUUUAAACUAUAAGUCCAAAUACGUUUCUCUUCGCGUUGAUACUGAUGUUAUUCCAAUGCGUUCUGUUGUCACUACAUCAGAAUUCCAGAGAUAUGGAAUCCCAGUAAAAUUUGUGGCAUGCGAUGUCUCAAGUGCAGUCAAAGGAAAACAUAUUUCCAUUUGCACGGAUAAUACUUCACCAUUAAGCAAAUUCAGCAAGUAUGAUCUUACAAUUCAUGUCAGUUCUCAAAGUUACUCCAUUUAUCCUUGA